AUGCAGCCAGACGACGUCCUCGGCGACGGAAGCGUGAUGAAGAGCAUGGUUCGAGAGGGCCUUGAUCCGCCCAUAUAUCCCAUCUUCGGCGAUGAGUGUGUGGUGCACUUCAUUGGCACCCUGCCAGAUGGAAGCAUCUUCAAUGACACCAUGAAACGCGACCAGCCAUUCAAGUUCCAGCUUGGGGCAGAGCAUGUUCUGGAAGGCUUCGAUGAAGGGGUGGCCACUAUGCGGAAGGGAGAGCGGGCAAUCUUUCACUUGUUGCCAGACGUUGCUUAUGGAUCCUUCGGCGCACGUGACGAGAAGGGAUGGCAAGUCCCUCCAGACACACCUGUCACUUUCGAUGUCCAGCUGUUAGAUGUCAUCAAGGCCCCUGAGAAUGGUGUGGCAGCAGAGGAUGUGAUUCGCAGAUAUGGGAGAGAAGAUGUUGGAAUUGGCGGCUCCAGUCCUGAUGGGAAGUAUUUGUGGGAGCGCAAGGGAGCGGAGGUUCUGGUGACUGUUCCUGUGGGAGACGAUAUCAAGCCCCGGGACGUGAGCCACGUGUUUCAAGAAAAGUACAUAUUCCUAGCCGUGCAGGGAGAACCUGUACUGGUUGGACAGCCUGGCUGCGAUGUGGAAGCAGAGGAAUGUUACUGGGAAUUGGCUUCAGAUUCGGGUAGAAAACUCCUGUACAUACACCUGCAGAAGAAGGGAUCCCUCUCGGCCAGAUGGCCAGACACGUUGAUCGUACAAGAUGGAAGGUGA